AUGGUUGAGCCCGUGGCUAUCGGUUUCGCGAGCUGGGCGGCUAUAUGCGCGACCGUCAAUACAGUCAACAUUGUGAAGGGCUGGGUCAGCGAGCUCCGCGCUUUUGUGAGAGACGUCCGGGAAGUAAAUCAAAUCAUGCUACAAAUGGAAAAUGAGUACACUACAAUUCAAGCGGAGGUCCAAUUGUGGCUCAAAAUGUGGGAUGUUGAUCAGAACGUCUCAAGGAGGCGGUUGCUCGCGCUGUGGGGGAAAACCAGCGGCACUAUUACGCAACAGAUGCGAACCGUCCAGGUUCUCCUUCAAGAAAUCGAACAGAGACUCAGAAAGUUCCGCGAGGCGCUUGCAUUGAAAAGUACAUCACAGUCGAAGCGGUUACAAAAAUCAGUCAAAUUCGUCAGCUCGGCAGGCCCCAAGAUAAUUCGAAAGCUAGAAAGUACCCGCACAACCAUGGCAGUAGUGAGAAGACUUUCUAAAGACGCAUUUCAGAUAAAUAACCAAAGACUGGUUCAAGGGGACAUCAUCUUAAGACCGGAGCUUGAGUCAGUAACAUGGAAUCAUCUGUUCCAAGAUAUAUACGAAUCUAGGCUGGCCUCCAAGGGACUAUACGAAAUUUGCUAUACAGCACGAAAGAAGUUUAUCCCGGAUGACCUUGACCUUAACAUUGAUAUCUUGCGACAACGCCUUGAGCGUCUCAUUGACCAAGAUAGACGCUCACUCCCACUGCACUACCACUUUCUCUUGACCUGGAAAUCUGAAAUUUCUGAGCUCCUAGUUGAAGGUCCUCGCCGUUCACAUGGUGGUUCCAAUCCAGACGAGUUUACCAAUAAUGGCUGA